AUGUGGUCUGAUCAUCCUUAUAAAGAAACAGAUAUUCCCGUACACUUUCAUCAUCUUAAGGGACCAUGCCCCGAGUUCUGCACCUGCUGUUUUAAUGGAUCUGAAGAUCAGUUUAUAAUCGACUGCAGAAGCAAAGUGCUCGAAAUAUUUCCCACUUUACCGAAUAAUAUAAUUGGUGACUCUUCACUUCUUCUGGAUGAUAAUGAUAUCGAAACUCUCUCAACCAUAUCCCUGCGGAACUCCACUUUGGGAGAACUGCACUUGAAGAAUAACAGUCUAACUCAUCUUCAUUUGGAUCAACUCCCAUCCAAUCUCAAAGUUUUUGAUAUUCGGCAAAACAACUUAACAGGACUGGAUGACGAUGUGACACAGUUUGUAUCAAACUUAAAAGAGAUUCAACUAUCGGAAAAUCCCUGGCAAUGCAGUUGUAAGUUCACCAAGUUUCUUGCCCAUCUCAGAAGAAGUUAUCGCCUAGAAUACCAAGCUGCUUUAAGACGUUGCAGUGGACAAGAAUAUUGCCCCGAUCUGUGCACCUGUUGCAGAGAAGAUGAUAGCAAUAGGUUUCUAAUCAACUGCAAUAGUCUGGGAUUGAUGGAGAUACCCACUAAGCUACCCAUGACAGAAAAUACCAUCCUUUUAUUUGAAAACAAUAACCUACAGACCUUGGACAGGUCCACCAAAGUCAAGGGCUAUGAUCAACUGAAAGAACUUCAUCUAAGAUUGUUAGUUUCCCUGGAGGAGAAGGAUCUAUGCCCUGAAAAAAUUCCGUUCUAUGUCAUCUACUUCACAACAUUCAUAAUAUUGAGCUGCCUGUUAAGUAUCCUGCAAUGCUUUUGGAAGUCCAUACCCAUGUGGUUAUACGAGAAGAGACUAUUCCUGAAACUGACCACUCGUCUGGAGAAGGGCACCGAGACGAAGUAUGACUGCUUCUUGGCCUAUUGCCACAAGGAUUCACAUUUCGUAAGGGAGUACGUCGAGAGGUUGGAGCAUGGACGUAACCGACUUCGUUUGUGCUUCUACGAAAGAGAUUGGUUGGCUGGUGAACCGAUUCCCGAUUGCAUUUGCCACUCUGUAGAGAAUUCCAAGUGCACAGUCAUUCUAAUGACCAAAAACUUCCUGAAAUCUGUUUGGGGCCGUUUGGAAUUCCGUUUGGCCCUUCAUGCCACUUCCAAGGAUCAGCACAAGCGGCUCAUUGUGAUCAUCUAUCCGGGUGUGGAGAACUUUAAUAAUCUCGAUGGCGAAUUACAAAGCUACAUGAAACUGAAUACCUAUCUGAUGCGAAAUGAUGUCAAUUUCUGGAGUAAACUUGUCUAUGCCUUGCCCCACAAGAUGGAAGAUGGCAUGGACUUGAUUAAUAUAGCACCUUAA